GGGGGCGGCCGCUUCCUGGGGCCUCUCGUCCAGGGAACGGAGCCGUCCGCCUCCCCCAGGCCCCGACCCCCAGCCCCAGCCCGGGGGGCUCCCACCGGGACCGCCAAACCCUCAAAAUGCCCCCCUUCGCCUCCUGCCUCGCUCUGCUGCUGGUGCUCCGCGUGGCAUCUCCCCAGGAGCCCGAGGAUCCGGACAGUUACACGGAAUGCACAGAUGGGUACCAGUGGGACACGGAGAGCCAGCACUGUAAGGAUGUGAACGAGUGCGAGACCAUCCCCGAGGCCUGCAAGGGGGAGAUGAAGUGCAUCAACCAUUACGGGGGCUACCUGUGCCUGCCCCGCUCCGCGGCCGUCAUCAACGACGUCCACGGCGAGGGGGCCCCUCCGCCCCGGCCCCCCGGCCCCGCCGCCCCCGGCCCGCUCUCCCCCAACAACUGCCAGCAGGGCUUCCAGCCGGAUGAGGACGACAACUGUGUGGACACGGACGAGUGUGAGCUGGACCUCCACGACUGCCGGCCCAGCCAGCAAUGUCACAACCUGCCCGGCUCCUUCCACUGCUCCUGCCCCGACGGAUACCGCAAGAUCGGCCCCGAGUGCGUCGACAUCGACGAGUGCCGCUACCGUUACUGCCAGCACCGCUGCGUCAACCUCCCCGGCUCCUUCACCUGCCAGUGCGAGCCGGGCUUCCAGCUGGGCCCCAACAACCGCUCCUGUGUGGAUGUGAACGAGUGUGAGAUGGGGGCCCCCUGCGAGCAGCGCUGCUUCAACACCUACGGCACCUUCCUCUGCCGCUGCAAUCCCGGCUACGAGCUGCACCGCGACGGCUUCUCCUGUAACGACAUAGAUGAAUGCGGCUACUCCAGCUACCUCUGCCAGUUCCGUUGCCUCAACGAACCAGGCCGUUUCUCCUGCCACUGCCCCCAGGGCUACCAGCUGCUGGGCACCCGGCUCUGCCAAGACGUCGAUGAGUGCGAGUCCGGUUCCCAUCAGUGCACCGAGGGACAGAGCUGCGUCAACUUUCACGGGGGCUACCGCUGCGUGGACACCAACCGCUGCCUCGAGCCUUACGUCCAGGUGUCAGAUAACCGCUGCUUGUGUCCGGCUUCCAACCCUCUGUGCCGCGAGCAGCCGUCCACCAUCGUCCACCGCUACAUGAGCAUCACGUCCGAGCGCAGCGUCCCCGCUGACGUCUUCCAGAUCCAGGCCACCUCCGUCUACCCCGGGGCCUACAACGCCUUCCACAUCCGCUCCGGCAACCCCCAGGGGGACUUCUACAUCAGGCAAAUCAACAACAUCAGCGCGAUGCUGGUCCUGGCGCGACCGGUGACGGGCCCUCGGGAGUUCGUGCUGGACCUGGAGAUGGUGACCAUGAACUCGCUCAUGAGCUACAGGUCCAGCUCCGUCCUCCGGCUCACCGUCUUCGUGGGGGCCUACGCCUUCUAACCUGCAGGGGUGGGGCCGGGGGGCUGCCCCGGGGGAGGAGGGGGCGCCGGCCUGCCCUGCCUCAGAUCUCCCCCACCCCAAACUCCGGAGGGAACAGGGCCCUGCCCCCACCCUUCCACACCGGGGCUGGGGCUGACAGUCGGAGCCAUUCAACAAGCUGCAACGGAACUGAGAAAAGAGAAAGGAAAUAAAAAAAGAGAAAAAGCCA